CUCAAAGAGCAGAAGCUAAGCAGCCAACGCUAACCCUCCCAGAAGAAGAAAGAAACGAAACCUCUUCCCUAUCUCCCACUCUUCCAUCCUUCCUCACUGCUUUCGUGUUGGUUUCCACCGCCGGAUCCUUCCAUAACGCCGAUAGUCAUCUACUAUAAAAUGGACCACGAUCGAUGCCCGAUGUCACGGUUCGUGGACAAGCUUCCGUUCUUCGACCAGCGGUCCUCCGCGAUGGAAGAAGCCGAGGACAUCGCCCGCAGCGGGCUCCUCGUCCGCCACUCCGCCCCCUCCGCCAACCUCGACAGCGUCGGCGAGAGCACCGACCGCUCCCCUCCCCACCGCGUGCUCGAGCUCGGCGACAGAGGGAGCUUUCCCGGCGGAGGACUACCCUUCGUCCUUACCUUCACCGACCUCACUUAUAGCGUCAAGAACCCCAAGAAGCUCUCCUUCUUCCCUUCGUUCUUCCGCAGGAACCACCACGCCGCCGACCCGGUCACCGCCGGCGAGGGACCCGAGGCCUUCUCCCGGACCAAGACUCUCCUGGACUCUAUCUCCGGCGAGGCCAGAGAGGGGGAGAUCUUGGCCGUCCUGGGGGCGAGCGGGUCUGGCAAGUCUACCCUCAUCGACGCUCUGGCAAACCGGAUCAAAAGAGAGAGCUUGAAAGGCUCUAUCACUCUCAACGGAGAAUUCCUCGACGGCCGGCUUUUGAAGGUGAUAUCGGCCUACGUGAUGCAAGACGACCUCCUGUUCCCGAUGCUGACGGUGGAGGAGACGUUGAUGUUCUCGGCGGAGUUCCGGCUGCCACGCACGCUCUCCGCGGCCCAGAAGCGGGCCAGGGUGCAGGCGCUCAUGGACCAACUCGGCCUCCGGCAGGCGGCCAACACCAUCAUCGGCGACGAGGGCCACCGCGGGGUAUCCGGCGGGGAGCGCCGCCGUGUAUCCAUCGGCAUGGACAUCGUCCACGACCCCAUCGUCCUCUUCCUCGACGAGCCCACCUCCGGCCUCGACUCCACCAGCGCCUUCAAGGUGGUCAACGUCCUCCAACGCAUCGCCCACGGCGGCAGCAUCGUCAUCAUGUCCAUCCACCAGCCCAGUUACCGCAUCCUUGGACUUCUCAACCAUCUGAUCUUUCUGUCCCGUGGCCAGACCGUCUACAGUGGGCCCCCCGACGGUCUCCCCUCCUUCUUCUCCGACUUCGGCCACCCGAUACCGGAGAACGAGAACCCAUCCGAGUUCGCCCUCGACCUCAUCCGCGAGCUUGAAAGCACCCCCGCCGGCGCCAGAUCCCUCGUCGAGUUCAAUAAAUCCCGGCCAGCUGCGAAGCCAUCCAUGACCGCCGAUACCGAGAAGCCAUCGCUCUCCCUGAAAGACGCCAUCAGCGCCAGCAUCUCACGUGGCAAGCUCGUCUCCGGCGCCACCAACGGCGCCGGCCUGGCCUCAUCCGUGCCGACGUUCGCCAACCCGUUCUGGAUCGAGCUGGCGGUGCUGACGAAGCGGUCGGCCACCAACACCCGUCGCAUGCCGGAAUUAUUCGGCAUGAGGCUCGCCGCCGUGAUGGUGACCGGAUUCAUUUUGGCCACCGUCUACUGGCGGCUCGACGAUUCCCCGAGGGGAGCGCAAGAACGUCUCGGCUUCUUCGCCUUCUCCAUGUCGACCAUGUUCUACACGUGUGCCGACGCGCUCCCUGUCUUCCUCCAAGAACGCUACAUCUUCAUGCGAGAGACGGCAUAUAAUGCUUAUCGCCGGUCGUCCUACGUCCUCUCCAACGCCAUCGUCGCCUUCCCGCCACUGGUCUUCCUCGCCAUCGCCUUCACACUGACGACAUUUUUCGCAGUCGGGCUUGCAGGCGGUGCAACCGGGUUUUUGUUCUUCUUCUUGAUAAUUUUAGCUUCCUACUGGGCCGGGAGUGGCUUCGUUACGUUCCUAUCCAGCGUCAUAUCUCAUGUGAUAGUCGGAUACACUGUGGUGGUGGCCAUACUGGCCUACUUCCUACUCUUCUGUGGCUUCUUCAUAGACCGGAACCGGAUUCCGGACUACUGGAUUUGGUUCCACUAUCUAUCCUUAGUGAAGUAUCCCUAUGAAGCAGUGCUACAGAACGAGUUUGAUGAUUCGACCAGGUGCUUCGAGAGAGGAGUUCAGAUGUUCGACGACACGCCGAUGGAGAGCUUGCCGACUGCCAAGAAAUUGGACGUGCUGAAGGCUAUGAGCAAGACUCUGGGAAUGAACUUAACCGGUGAUACAUGCAUCACGACUGGCUCCGAUAUAUUGAGGCAGGAGGGGGUUACUGAUCUCAGUAAGUGGAACUGUUUCUGGAUAACCGUGGCCUGGGGGUUCUUAUUUAGAGUGCUCUUCUACUUCGCACUGCUUGUGGGGAGCAAAAACAAGAGGAGAUAGAUACAUGCACCCUGAAAAAGCUGAAACAAUAAAAGAAGGAAUAACAAUAGUUACUUGAAGGAAUGGAGCUUUUUUUCUUUUUUCUUUUUUUUUUAAUACUUUUCCUGUAUUUUUCGUUUUAAUUUUGGGAGAUGAUGGAGUAAAUUUCAACAUGUGAUCUAAGGUGGCA